AUGGAUAUUAUCUUCCACUGUCUUUCCACUCUCUCUUGCAUGCUACUUCACCCUUACUUUGUCUUCGAUGGGCCAGACUGCCCACAACUCAAGAGGGGAGAAGACAUAGGUUUGACCUCCCCAUGUCUCCUUGUGCAGCACUUUCAAGAGCUGCUGCUAAUGUUUGGUUUCAACUGGCACAUGUUGAGUCACUUGCUGUAUGCUCCAGGAGAGGCAGAGGUGGAACUUGCUUGUCUUCAAUCAUGCAAACUCAUCAAUGCUGUCAUAAUGCCAUACAAUGACAUGCUAUUGUUUGGUGUGACCCAUGUUGUCCACAGGUAG